UGUGCUACAGAACGACUGUGCAGUUUUGGUCUAGACACAAAAUGGCUUCUUCUUCUUCAUCAUUAUCAGCCAAUAUAUUUAGUUGUACUAUGUUCUUUUGUUGCAUUCUUGUUCAGUUAGUUCAAAUAACUGCCAUUAAGUUGCCACCUAAUGUUAGAGUUCCCGCUGUUCUUGUUUUCGGGGACUCCAUCGUUGAUCCAGGAAACAACAAUCACUUAUUGUCAGUUGUUAAGGCUAAUUACCCACCCUAUGGAAGAAAUUUUAUGGGUGGAACACCAUCCGGAAGGUUUAGCAAUGGCUUAAUCCCAAGUGACUUGAUAGUGAAGGCAUUGGGAAUUAAGGAUCUUUUACCAGCUUAUCUAGACCCGUCCUUGGGACCGAAUGAUCUCCUUACUGGAGUAAGCUUCGCAUCCGGUGGUUCAGGAUAUGAUCCCCUUACAGCUAAAAUAGUGUCGGUUUUGGGGCUGGCGAAACAAAUGAUCUUAUUCAAAGAAUACCUAGCCAAAAUUGAAGCUGUUGGAGGAGAAGAAAAAACUAAGAGUGUCAUAUCGGAGAGUUUGUACCUAAUUGUAGCAGGAAGUGAUGACCUUGCUAAUACCUAUUUCAGUUCCAAAUUGAGAUCCAACUAUGAUGUCCCUGCCUAUACUGAUCUUAUGGUUCAAGGAGCCACCAAUUUGGUUCAGGAACUGUACGACAUGGGAGCGAGGAGGUUUGCAUUGUUCAGCGCACCACCGAUAGGAUGCGUUCCAUCGCAGAGAACAUUAGGAGGAGGGAAAGAGAGAAACUGCGCAGAGAGUUAUAACCAAGCUGCUCAGAUGUUCAACUCAAAGCUGUCUUCAUCACUUGACAACCUUAAUGCUAAUAAAUUUAAACAUGGUAGAGCUGUGUUAAUUGACAUCUACAAUCCUCUCCAAGAUGUUAUCAACCGUCCUCACCAUUAUGGUUUCGUGGAGGCAACAAAAGGAUGCUGUGGAACAGGAACGAUAGAAUCAGUGGUUCUAUGUAAUGACUUAAACCCAUAUACUUGUGACGAUGCCUCCAAAUUUGUGUUUUGGGACAGUUACCACCCCACGGAGAAAGCCUACAAAUUAAUUCUCGACCCUAUCCUAAAGAAAUACCUCAACGACUUCUUCUGUAACAGUGGCACCGUAUGCUCUCACAUUUUUACCCCGGCCGGGUGAUCAAUAUCGGAUGGUCCACACUGUUCACUGUGUUACUCAAAGUCCAACUGCUUUUAGAAAGAAAUAAAACUUGAAUUGCUUCGAAAUAAAUCAUUGUCUCGAUCCACCGUUGGAAGAUGCGUUUCCUAAUUAAAAUUUAUUUAAUGAGUUCGUU